UAUAUUAACCCAUGUAUAGUUAAACACAGCUAUUGAAUGCUGGAAAAUUUCUCCUUCAUUUUCUCAGGAAUGAUAUCAACGAAACUGAUUUAUCACACUUAGUACGACCGAGCAAUGGUGUUCUGGGAUCAUCUGGGCCUGUCAAUGGUCCUGUUUGUCGUCUCCAUUCUGCAAAUGGGAUUAUCUCUCGAUUUGCAAGGCAGUGCAGUCACAACGACCCAGAGUUCUGUCCAUGAUGCUGACCCCCUCGACGCCGAGCUUGCCGUGGACCAAAACCUCGAUACAUUCUCUCACACUGGUUUCGACAAUGACCAGGAAAAAACGAACCCCUGGUGGAAAGUGGACCUCGGUGGUGUUUAUUGCUUGAGGAAAAUCACACUUGUUAACUCAAUGGAUCAUGCUGAUCGAUUAAAAACUGGUUUUGUACGCGCUGGUUUGAACUCCAACCACCUGUUAAACCCGGUGAUAGGACAAGUUACAGAGGAUCAAGCUAUUGACCGAGCGGUUGUAGAUUUCACACCUGAGCCGUACAUCACUGCACAAUACGUCAGUGUGAAUAUCGUUCGACGUGGUAACCAGGCCAUAGUCCAGUUGACUGAGGUUAUGGUGGAGGAAGCGACGACAAAUCAGUUGAAGGACACCAUGCCAUCAGCCUUAACUUUGAUUGGCCUCCCAAGUAGUCAGAUUUCAAGCUUUAGUGACCAAAACGGUACCUGGGACGCAGACCGAGCUGUGGAUGGAGCGCUACAGUAUGUAAGCCCAUACUGCAGCCGAACAGAAACGACGCGGAAUCCUUGGUGGAAGAUGGACCUGAAAGCUCUUCACUGCAUCAGUAAAAUCGCCAUCAGGAAUAUAGAUGACCUCAGACACACAACGCGACUAGAUUUAAGGAGUGCCGUUGCACGUGCUGGUCUGGGAACCACGCCUACUAAUAACCCGACGUGUGGAUCUCCAGUGACCCAGUACCAAGCCUUGAUUAAUGACUGGAUUGAAUUCACCUGCGAUCCACUUAGAGUCGCCCGUUACAUCAGCAUCGACAUUCCCAGACAGACAGCUCUUGUCCUUUGUGAGGUAAUGGUGUGGCAGUGUGAUCUUCAGCCAGCAGCUUUAACUUUGGUAGAUGAAUCCAGUAAUCAAAGCUCAACGGUGGCAAAUUCUUUUGCUGGACGAGCUUUGGAUGGUCUUACAACAGAUGGGCAUACAUAUUGCAGCUUAACAACAUCGGAAAUGAACCCAUGGUGGAAAGUGGAUCUUGGAAGAAGUUACUGCGUUGGGAAAAUCCGAGUCUGGCCUUUUUCACAGGGGUCGAAUUUUCAGCAAGCGUUUGUACGUGCAGGUCUAAGCUAUAAUCACACCAGUAAUGCGGUGUGUGGAAAAAGCCCCGCUCCAUCCAACCUUCACGUGGAUUUUACCUGUGAUCCGCCUGUAUUUGCCCGCUAUGUCAGCGUCGAUAUACCCCUAAUGGCGAGCCUUGGACUGUGCGAAGUGUCGGUAGCUGCGUGUGAUUUCCAACAUCCAGUACAAAGUCUCAAUUUAGCCUUGGUUAUCAACCCUGCUCUCCUUGGUCCAACUGGAGACAAUGAUUCAGUCAUCGCAGUGUACAGAGAACCUGACGAUAUCGCAUCCAAGGUUUCAUUCGGUCGCCAAGUCACAACUGGAGGUGUAUCCGGACUUCCAUCAGGUUCAGGCGAGAUAGUGGAUCCAUCGUUGGGAUGUACCGUGAGAUUGCUUCAAUUGCCAGAGGAAGGAGGACUGGACAGGACGGGUGUCUUUUACACAGAGGCGACCAAGGAUGACAUGAAAACCAGGAUACAGAGCAUUAUUUUACAAAACGAUGAGAGUAAUGUGCACAUACGUCCGGCUCAGCGCACACUGACAGCAAGUACAGGAGACUCAGUAAUGCUGCAAAUGCACAAUGUCAGCUCACCAAACAACCACUACAGAUGGCGGCACAAUGGAGGUGACGUCAUGGAAUCUUGGAACGACCGUCUGAAUCUAUCACUCUCUAAUGUAACAAAAAGUGACGAAGGAAUUUACAGCAGCUUUGUUGAAGACCAUGAGGCCAUGCUUCUCCAUGGUAACAUGAGGCUCAUAGUGAGAGCUUGUCCUUUUAGACUUUGGGAUCCUCCCUCGUGUCUGAAAACCUGUCGUCGAUGCUACAAUGGCGGUGUAUGUGAUGACAAGUCUGGUACCUGUGUGUGUGCUCCAGGGUUCAGUGGAGACAGUUGCGAGCAAGUUCACGGUCGUCAUGUGUUUGGUACAGCUGCCAAUCGGCGAUGUUCCAACAGCAAUGAUCCACACAACGACGCUUGCCGGGGGCGUUUGUUCUGUCUACCAGACCCUUAUGGGUGCUCCUGUGCUGCAGGUUACCAGCGAUUAGACUGUAUGCAAGGUACAGAUCCUGGUAAUAUACUGUACAAUACACUGCAAUUUAGAGUAACAAACUAACAGGUAUAAUCCCGCUUAAAAGGUGACCGGAUAUCCCUAUGUUCUAAUGACGCAUCACAGUGUUUAUGUCCUUGCAGUGUUGGAAAUAAUAGAGCUUAUCGGUGUAUACACUGUCAUAAGCCUAUGAGUUCAGCUAUCUCCGUUUCUAUAAG